AUGCGUCUCCACCUUGUUAUCUCGCGCCAUGGCCUGCCGGUCACACGCAUUCUCUGGACGACGACUUCGUCUACUUCUGUACUAGGCGAAUAUGGAACUCAACGCCCGGCAUCAACCGCAGCUGUCGCAUCGUCUCGCACCCCGAACAUCGCCUUCUCGAAUGGCGGGUACACGGUCGCACAACUCCUCGAGGAUGUGAACGAAGUUGUGCCGCUGGAAACUGAACCGAGUGUCUUUGAUGCGGAGUUCAGUGGCCAGUGGGGAUUGGAAGAUUAUGUUGUCGAAGUUGCUGGUUCGGAAUGCCUCCAUUUUAUGGAGGUUGAUGGCUUGCUCCGAGAUGGAGACGAAGUUGUUAUUCGUGCCCUUCAAUUAGCAGACCUCCGGACCAGAAGGCUGUGUGGUCGCCACCAAAUUACUGCCGAGGGCAAGCAUUUGAUCGACGGCGUGCCUUUCGGGUCACCAUUCUUGAAGAGAACUACCUCUACACGACCUGCAAUUACCAUACCCCCAAGGAAGAAACGGCGUACGGUUUUUUCCGGCUGGGAGCACGCUCCAGAGUUUGUGACCGAGGAAGUACAUGCCGACGAGGAAUGUGAUGGAGAGUGGCUUCCGCCUCCAAACACCGGGUUCGGAAAGGAGCUUUCUAUCAUGCCCGCCGAACAUGAAGAGUCCCUGGGCACAGUUAUUCGGCAUCCUGUUGAUCACACCGCGGAAUCUGACAGUGAAGCGGAUAUGUCUGAGAUGCCUGAAAUUGAGGAAGAUGAAUUGGAGAGCGAACUCCAAGCGCUCAAAGAGGACUUUGAAGAAGCUUCUCAAUUUGUUGAUAUCAGGAACCAGACUCGAAAUGCCAGUGGACACCCACUACGUGCUACCUCGAUAGUCAAGCGACCAACUUCCAAGGGGUCACUUGCAGCUGCCUCAUCUCUUUCCAGCAAACGGUCUCGCGCAGAUGACUCAUCUCCCAGGACCUCCAAGGCUGUGAGAUUCAAUAAGGGAGAUGAGCAGGAGGAUGAGGAUAUGCCUGAUCUCCCACAAGUUCCGCAAGCCCCACAGGUUGAAAGUGCUGCUGAAAUUUCCGUUUCUGAUUCUUCUGAUUCUUCUGCGUCUUCCUCAGACAGCGACUCUGAUGAUUCUGAGGAUCAUGAUUCUGACGAUGAUGAUUCUUCGAGCGAGGUGGAGCCUGCGGCGGAGGCACCUGAUUCUGGUUCAUCCUCAAGCUCUGAUUCAUCUGAUUCAUCAGACUCUGAUUCCGAGGAGGAAGCCGCCCCGCCUAUCGAAAAGGUGCAACAACCGGUUUCUGUGGGCGCUCCUGGUGAAGGGUCCAUACGCACCAAAAAGAGUAACAACCGCAUCAAACUACGCCGCCGUCUAUCUAAGCUCAAGGAGCUAGGCGCUCUCCCCCAACAAGCAGGUUUCGAUGCAUUGCGGGAGUGGGAAGACAGUCACGGAGGCUGGCAUACCCCGGAACAAUAUCCUAUCCCGGAGCCAUCUGUGCAACCUCAACAACCUGUGGAACCGGAACAAGAACCUGCCGAAUCUUCCAGCAAAAAGCAAAAGAGAGAGAAAAAAGAACAGGAGCAGAAAGAGUUCGAAGCCAGGCGCCAGAAACUGCUUCGCGAUCUUGCGUCAGGUAAUGGUGUUGAUGUGGACGAGACAUCGGAGAAGGAAAAUGUCCCGCCCGCUGCAUCCGCCGUUGCAGAGACACGUAUUUCAGAAGAAGUGCCCGGUAAGGAUCAGCAGGAGCAGGAACCUUCGAACCGACGUACCCUGGACAUCUCCAGCUCACGACGCAUGCUGUUCGGAUCUCUGGGAAUGCGAACCCCGAAGACCAAGGAAGACGAAGAAGAAACACGGAGAAAGCUCGCUGCCAAAGCUAGUGCAUGCGGGCGCCGAAACAAACCUUCUAAGCGAGAAGCCCAAGAAGAGACCGACCAGAUGCAAGAGGAUGAAGAUGCGUCCGACAUUGAUUGGCAAAACAAGCUUGUCAUCCGUGCUGUCGAGUGUCUCUAUCCCCAAGUUGAUAUGACCGCGCCUCCUUAUCCUUUUGUUCAACGUUGGGAUCAAGAAGCCAAUGCAUUGAUCCGUGAGCUCAAAGGCCCCAACAAGAAGCGGAAGAGAAAGCAGCGUGUUCAAGUCUACGAAGGAUAUGAGGAGCAGGAGGAAUACGAUGAAAAUGGGAAUUAUUACGGCCAGGAUGGCCAAGCUAAUCAGGAGGGUUAUUACGAAGGUGAAGCCGAUCCCCAAUAUGAGGGCCAUUGGGAAGGCGAAGCUGCUCCUUACUAUGAAGGCCAUUAUGCAGGCGAGGCUGAAGGAGAUCAGAUCAAUUAUGACGAUGCUCCUGAACCCGAACAAGCUACCUUCGAUGACCUCCCUUCCAUUCCCGCCGACAUGAGUUCUGUUCCUGAUUUGACUGAGAGCGAGGCGAAGGUCGGCGCAAUCAUUGCAUUCCGGCAGCUAGACAUGUCCAAAGCCACGAACUGGCAGCCUCAGAUGUCUGAGUACCGAGUAGCUGAGGUGCGCUCUGUUAAAGACCAUGGAUUGAUUAAUGUACUACUGGCCAAGCGAGACCGAAAGCCCCGAUCAGCAUCCAGCGAGUAUGACGAGCCCCGUCAAUUCAGCAAGUUUGAAGUACCAGACCUAGCCAACGACGAGGGGGAGGAUGACGGCUAUCGCGAGCUUGCCUUUGCGGAACUCAGCGAUCCGAAGCUUCUCCAACCCGCAGCACAGUCGGGUGCGGAAUCUGAGGACCAGAACAAUACUCGAGAAGGUAGCAUUGUCUCUGUAGUUCAAGAAACCGUACCGAACGCCCAACCAGCCUUUUCUGAAGAAAUGUACCUUGACGACACAACCUUUGUCACCAUCGGAAAUGAAGUCAGCCGUCUUGAAUCCCCUCGCGAAUCCCCGGGAAUGCCCGAUGAACCUAUCCAACAAACCCCUGGCAGAAGCGUGCCGCAUAUCCAAGUCCAGAGUGGAUCUGAUCAGCGCGGUGUUACUCCUCCGAUCCCUUCGCCUUCUUUCACUGGGUUUCACUCUGCUCGAUCAUGGCAGCAAAUGACCCCUGGUGUUGAGCUCAGCCGCGAGCUUGAAGGUCAUACCCUCAUCGGAGGAGACACGCCAUCUGCUCUAGUCAACCGGGACGAGGAUCCUUCCGUGUUGUCAUACGCUUCUGCAAAUCAAUCCUUCGCAGAUGAUCAUGAGGACCAACAAAUGUCUGAGCAUCAAGAGCAUGAACGACAGGUUGUUAAUGAAAAUCUCAUGCGGCCUGGCGAGUCGGGUGGGAGCGGUCCUCAGUCUGGCUCACUUUUGUCCACCAUUGACCGUAACGGUAAUGAUGGUGCGUCUGAUUCGGAAUCUUUGUUUGUGAAAAGAGAUCCGAAGAGCGAAAAGCACAGUGCGACUCCCAAUAGCUCCUCCGAAUCGUGGAGAGAUCUUUUGAACAGAUUAAGAAGUGGACCAUCGGAGCCAGGCGAUUCACUCGUCGCCAGCGAAGGGGACAACAAUGAAGACAACAGCGGCGGCAACAACAACAACGAAGACAACAACAGCGAAGGCGACAUCAGUGAAGACAACAACAGUGAAGGCAAUCAGACUCCCGAGCGGUUGGAAGACAGUCUGCAGCACUCCUACCUGGACCUCAAUUUCUCGCCGCUUGACUCCCCACGGGCAUCCAACUCGCGCUCUCCCAACCCACUGAUGAGUGCCCAACAGGAUGCGCAGGCUCAAAAACAAGCCUCAUUCCCUUCGCCAUUUGAACAGGAUUCCCCCGCCACAUCUACUCGCUCCAAACUCUCCCAGCGGGUGCACGAAUCCGCCUCCGCCUCCCAAAUCCCCGCCUCCCAGGGAUCCGAAGUGAUUGACCUCACUUCCAGCCCGCGUGAAUCACCUGAACCCAGCGCCUCCAAAUCUGCAGUGUAUGGGAAGUCACAACGUGCAGAGGACAUUCCUCGCUCGUCUGGACGUCCACCCCGAGCUUCUACGGGAAGACUCCAACACAUGGUGGAAGUGAGCAUUAGUCCUUCCAGUCAGAAGAAGAAGCGCUCGUCACGAAAGUUCUGA